UGCAUCCCACGUGCUCUUUAUAAAGGAAUGAAUCACUAUCAAGAAUCCUGCAAAGAUGUGACGUGACGACGCUCUCAAUUGAUUCAUUUCAUUCUAAUCUCUUCCAAGCUCUCAACCCUGCUAGCCACAGAUCAACUGGUAUCACAUCAUCACAUCAUCUUAUAAGCAACAAUGUCCACCACCACCACAUCAACAGUCACUACGACUGUCAUCACGCCUCAACGGCCGCUCUAUCCCAUUGGCAUCCCCGAGAAAUUCUCAGCCGACGGAGUCGUCCAGCGCUUCCCCGGAAACACCACCGUCUGCCAUGUUCCCGCCGACUCUCCUCUCCAGCCCGGCAUGAACGCCCUCCACGCAUCUCUAAGCUCCCAUCCCGUGCUCUCCAAGCUCGUCCAUCUCUUGCCCAAGCCUUCAUGGCACAUGACCGUCGUCGACGGCGUCCGCGACACAGAAUGCGAGCCCGGCAUGUGGCCUCCCGGAAUGGAAAAGCUUCCCCUGGACGAGUGCACCCGCGAAUUCUCCAAGAAACUGAGGGCAGUCGGCCUGGAGCUGGAAAAGGAAGGCCUCGCACCGCCGUACAAGAUGCGAGUCCGGGGCUUUGAUCCCGCUGUUAUUGGCAUCGGGCUUGAGAUUGAGGGAGCAAACCCAGAGGAGGAGAAGCGCUUGCGACGGCUGCGAGAUAGAGUGAGCGAUGCGCUGGGCUUCAGGGCGCCGAACCACGAGACGUACGGCUUUCACAUCACCAUGGCGUAUCUGAUGAGGCACAUCGAUGGCGAGAACAGGGAUGCGCUGAACGAGGUGUUUGCGCAGCACUUGCCGGCGCUGCAGCGAGAGUUUGACCUUGGGCCGCUGGAGUUCUGCACGUUUGAGAACAUGUAUGCCUUUCACAGACUGUUUUAUCUUGGAGAGCAAGAUUAGAUAUCUAUUUAAAGUCCUUCUUGUUCACAUAAUUACUUAUACACAUACAAUCUAAUAUGCUCUUUGAAUGCACCC